GUUUCUGAAUCACAUGAGGGUGGUUUCCAAAGUAAGACAGAUGGGUUUGGAGUGUUCGUAGCCACUUCACCCGGGGCUGAGCUGAAAUGUGACAUCUGAAGCACUUGGUAAAGCCUAGAGAGGAGACCAAAUCUGCCCAGGAAACCACCUUUGGUACUCCUUUCCUGUUUGGGCAUAUAAGUAAUAAAGGAAGGUAAAGUUUGCCUUUUUGUGACUAAUGCAGGUCUGUAGCGAAAGGGGAUUGUUCCUCCCUUUCCACAGAGAGAACCCAAGCACCCCAUGAGGAGCAGGCCUUUCUGCUGUGGAGGUGCUGUGGAGGCCGAGGAAUGGUGCUGCCACUGUGCCCUCCCGUCUUUUGGUCUAGAAGGGGGUAGGAGCAAGAGAGACCACAGGAAGAUGGACUGAAGAAAAUGCACAGUGGUUGUAAAAGUGGGAAAUGAAAUACAACAGAAAUAGAGUUCAGAAGUGCUCUCUCAGGAGGUAGCUAAAUCUUACUUUUGAAGAUUUGAAUGGCAUUUCACAUUGGUCAUCUGCAGAGAGGACAAAGGACGCUUUGCAGAAGAAAAUCUGUAAGACAGGAAAACAGAUGCAUAUAUACAAAAUGCCAUAUUUUGGCCUUAGUAAUUCUUCUAAAUUCUGCAAAAUAGUGCUUCGUGGUAUGAGACUCUACACUAAAAAAAAAAAAGUUUAUACGCGCAGUUUGAGAAAGAGUGCAAAAAUCUUGGAAGAUGCAUCCUGAAAUACAGAAUAUGAGGGAAGUUGCCCUUGUUUACCUUGACAGAAGUGGCGGCCUUCAGAAAUUUGUGCAUGAUUGCAAAAGAUAUAAUGAUUCAAAACAAAGUUAUGCUGUUUAUCGUUUCAUUAUUUCAAUAAAUCCUUCUGACAUUGCUGAAUUGGAUGCAACUCUUGGAAACUAUAUUCUUCAUAACCCCCUACAAGCUGCACAGAUUUUUCAGUCAGUAUGCUUCAUAGCUAUUAAGACAUUAUCAUUAAUUGAACAAUUGGAGACAGAGGCCCAGAUCAGUAUACUGCUGAAACCAACACAUUUGCCACCUUUACCAAGUUAUGUUCUGAGUCUUUCUGCAUAUCCCUUUAAUUACACAUCUCAAAGAUUUUAUAUGUCUGAAGGGAUAGUGAUCGCAAUGGGAACUGUAACAAAAUACACACAAGGAGCAAGAUUUCUUUGUGCUGAGGAAACCUGUCCAUUCUCUGAAGGGUUUAGGUACAUCAGAGUGCAUUGUCCUGGAGCUACGGAGUCUGCCACAGUUAGGACUGAUUUUGUGUGUAGCUUGUGUUCUUCACCACUGCAGGAAGACAUGAAAUUUAGAGUACUUGGUGAUAAACAAAUAGUUGAAAUGAUCGAUGCUAAAAUUCUGAAUGCUUUGAAAGGAUAUUCCAACGAUAAAUCACAUUUUAGGAUUCAGGCAUUUACAGUUUUCUUGAGAGGUCUGCCUCCCCCCCCUUUUCUUUUUUAUUUAUUUCUAGAUGAACUGGCCAAUAAAAUGACAAUAGGAAACCACUACAGGAUUAUAGGAAUUCCAGCUUGUGUACAAAAUGGCUUACAAGCUACUGCAUGUAUAGAAGUAAAUAGCAUACAGCUCUGUAAACCAAAUGGUCCUUCUUUUCUCAGUGACAAUUUUAAGUAUCUGCUCUCAUUGACUUCAAGUUCAUGCUGGAGGUUUACUGCUGUCUUGGCCAACAUCUUUGCUUCUCAAGUUGUUCCACCAGGCACUUACAAUACUCUUAAACUUGCAAUAUUGCUGAGUCUAGUACAGACAUGUGAAAAAGAAAAUGCAGAUUAUCUGGAUCUGUUGAUUGUGACAAGUGACACACUAGUAAUUGAUAGGCUUCUGAAUUACAGUUUGUGCCUUCUGCCUCGUGGCAUACGACACCCACCUUCCAGUGAAAUUUUUCCUUCUGUGUCCAAAGAUAAACAUGGAACUGGAAGUGCCAGUAUUCAAGCCUGCAGCGCUGUGCUGGCCAAGGGUGGUGUCUGUUACAUAGGAGACUUAUCUUCAUAUAAAAAGGAUAAACUUGAACUUCUACAGUCUGUACUAGAGAGCAGAACAACAACGGUAUUUAUUCCUGGGAAGAAGUACGGAGAAGAAGCUGACCAACAAGUUACUAUUUCAGUUCAGACCAAUUUUUGGUCUUUUGUGGAUGUGGAUUCUUCCUCGAAGAAACAUAUCCAGAAGGAGAACUUUUUAAUUGGACAAAUGGACAUGAGUUUGAUUCCAGCUAACCUUGUAGAUGUUUUUGGGCUCUUGAUAUACAAUGAGUUUCCUUCGUAUCGACUAUCUUCUCCUCUUGUACACCAUAUCUUGAAAAAAGCCAUUAAUCCUGAAGCCAUGCUGUACAAAGUCUCACAGCAGUUCAGAACACAGGAUUAUGAGGAGUUUAUUUUGUUUGCUAAGAAUCUUCAUGUUGAACUGAGUUCAGAAGCAGAGAACCUCAUUCAAGGCUACUAUCUUGCAAGUCGCAGGGUGAGAAGAGAUUCCGUUCAUGGAUCAACAUUAUCAGCAUCUGCACUAAAAAUUCUGAUUUCACUGUCUAAGGCUCAUACCAAGCUAAGUUUAAGACACACAGUACUUCAGGAAGAUGCUUUGAUUGCCAUCUUGUUACUUGAGUCAUCUCUUACCCUAAAACACGGCACAUCUGCAUUAUGUGUAGCACCAAAUUCUGUAUUUCCAUUUGACCUCAGUGACGAAAACUCCCUGCAACAGAGAGAUAUUUACCUCAUGCAGUGUCACCACGAACUCCUGAAGUUUAUUGCGGCAUAUGGUCCAGGAAUUCACAUCAACGCUAAUGAAGAGUAAAAACUCCUCUCCGUGGAGUAAAGCCUGAAGCUUUGGCUUUUUGAGAGACUAUUUUAUUGAGAUAGAAAUACAAAAAUAUAAAAAACUUACCAGCUGUCUAAGACAGUUCAGUGCUGUUUUAUAAGGAAUAAAGCAUAUCCAACAGGAUUUGAAUUGCUAGGUUUUUGACAGUGUUCUUUGAAGGCAGGAGGGAUGCCUUCAUCCUGGGAGGCCAUGUCCCCAGAAUACAGACACAAUCAGAACCUCUCUUCCUGGCUACAAAUGUUCAUUCACUGUUAAAUGAGGUCUAAGCAGGGUUUUUAGUAAGACAACUAAAAUUUAACCCCCAACUUCAGAAUCUAAUGUUGCGCCUUUCAACUACGUGAAUUCACUGCAGUUUUUUCUUGUUGCUUCUUUUCAAGUGUAUCACCCAGAGGGUUAAGUAGUUUUAAGUACAUUAAAACUUUUCCUAGUUUAAGCCAUCUUUCAUUACUCACGCUGUAUAAAUUUUGAAAUGUAUAAAAGCAUCACCAUAGUGCUUCAUGUUUUGUGUCUUUUUUUUCAUUACAGCAACAUAGUAUUAGACAAGGAUGCCACUGUGGUCCUGCAAUAAAAAAACAAAAAAAAACACCCCCCCACAUGUUUCCACAUCAUUUUAUGCAGGCUGCAGGGGAUAGCAGAAUGCCAC